ACGUGGUCAGACGUAACGCACGUUGGUCCGCGGUAUGUUUCAUUUUGUGUUGAAUGAUACCCACAAGUUUAUCGCUACAUCUGUAUUUUUUAUUUAGCUGAAACGUCCUUACAGUUUAUCGGGUGAAAGUAAAUUGUUUGAAGCAUAAAGCGAGUACUUGCAUUUUGUUAAAAUAAAUAGGUUACUAACAAGACUGUUAGUUGGAGUGACACAUUCAAGCUCUGUGUUUAUUUUGACAGAAAAGCACAGCACUAGUUUUGGAGUUUGGUAGAUAUUUUUUGCAUAAAUGGCUGGAAUUUUGUUUGAGGAUAUUUUUGAUGUGAAGGAUAUAGAUCCAGAUGGGAAAAAGUUUGACAGAGUAUCUCGUCUUCACUGUGAAAGUGAAUCUUUCAAAAUGGACCUCAUCCUUGAUGUAAAUAUUCAGAUUUAUCCUGUUGAUCUGGGUGAUAAAUUCAGAUUGGUGAUAGCCAGCACACUUUAUGAGGAUGGAACGCCAGAUGAUGGGGAAUACAACCCUCAAGAUGACAGACCAUCGAGGGCUGAUCAGUUUGAUUAUGUAAUGUACGGCAAGGUUUAUAGGAUUGAAGGAGAUGAGACGUCCACAGAAGCAGCCACUCGACUAUCUGCAUAUGUAUCUUAUGGAGGCCUUCUAAUGCGACUUCAAGGAGACGCUAAUAAUUUACAUGGAUUUGAAGUGGAUUCCAGAGUCUAUCUACUAAUGAAGAAACUUGCUUUCUAAAUGAUGUUCUUCUGAUCCCGUGUAACAUUUAGGAAUUCUCAUAUUUUUGAAAAACUUAAAUGCAUUUUUUUUAAGAAUAUUGUAGCUGUCUUCGGUUAGAGAGUGAUUGUACUGAAUAGAUCUGGAAACUGUGCCCUAUGGUAAUAUGUGUAUGAAAACGUAUUUGAUCAUAUAUGUUCAAAAGUGUUUAUAAGACUAUUCAGUUGUGGACUUCGUUGUUGUUGUUGACCCUCAAAAUGAAAAUUUUGAAUCACAAACAUGUAAUGUUACAAAUAUGUAAUUAUUUUCUUUUACACCAUUUUUAAGUAAAGUAACAUUUUCUUUUUA